AAAACCAUUAACUUCCACAAAUAAGCGUCAACGAAUUGCAGAAAAAGUCAACAAACAUGACGAAGAGGAUUGCAGUUGUUACGGGGGCCAGCAAAGGGAUAGGAUUUGAAAUAUGUAAGCAGCUAGCUUCAAAUGGGGUGGAGGUGAUAUUAACUGCUAGAGAUGUGAAGAGGGGAAAUGAAGCUGUUGAAAAACUCAAUGCUGCUGGAUACUCCGAUGUGAUUUUUCAUCAACUUGAUGUGGGGGACAAGGCUAGCAUUUCUUCUUUUGCAAAUUUCAUCAAAACUCAAUUUGGGAAGCUUGACAUAUUGAUAAACAAUGCAGGGAUUGUUGGAUCCAUAGUCAACACAGAAGAUCAAGAGGGCUUAAAACAAGGGUAUGAUGAAGUUAUAGGUGGAAAUCGUCGAUCCUUGGAGAAAGUUUUCAAGCAAACAUUCGAAACUGCCACGGACUGUAUAAGAACAAAUUAUUAUGGGAUAAAGCUAGUGAGCAAAGAACUAAUUCCACUUCUUCAAUUAUCCAAUUCUGCAAGAAUAAUAAAUGUCUCCGCCUCCUUCGGACAGCUAAAGGUGGUGGAAGGGUUCCUAGAAGACGUCAAGGAGAAUUUGAUACAAGUCAAAGGCUGGCCGAAAAAUUUUUCUGCUUAUGCUGUCUCCAAGGCAGCUGUGAAUGCUUUUGCAAGGGUUCUUGCUAAGAAGUAUCCCAACAUUGCCAUUAACUCAGUUUGUCCUGGCUAUGUCAAGACAGAUUUGAAUACCAACACUGGGGUCUUGACUGUUGAAGAAGGAGCUAAAAGUCCUGUCAUGGUUGCUGUUGUUACGGGGGCCAACAAAGGGAUAGGAUUUGAAAUAUGUAAGCAGUUGGCUUCAAAUGGGAUCGGGGUGAUAUUAACUGCUAGAGAUGCGGAGAGGGGCAAUGAAGCUGUUGAAAAACUCAAGGCUGCUGGAUACUCCCGUGUGAUUUUUCAUCAACUUGAUGUGGUGGACAAGGCUACCAUUUCUUCUCUUGCAAAUUUCAUCCAAACCCAAUUUGGGAAGCUUGACAUACUGAUAAAUAAUGCAGGGAUUAACAGAUCCAUAAUCACAGCAGAUCUAGAGGAUCAAAAGAGCUUAAAACUAGGAUUUGAUAAAGGUGCAAAUCCCGGAUCCUUGGAGACAGUUUUUAAGCAAACUUACAAAACUGCCUUGGAUUGUCUAAGAACAAAUUAUUAUGGGAUGAAGCAAGUGAGCAAAGAACUAAUUCCACUUCUUGAAUUAUCCAAUUCUGCAAGAAUAAUAAAUGUCUCCUCCGCGAUAGGACAGUUAAAGCGUGUGUCAAAUGAGAAUGCAAGAAAGGAGCUAGAAGAUGUAGAUGGCCUCACAGAAGAGAAAGUGGACAAUGUGGUGGAAAGGUUCUUAGAAGACGCCAAGGAGAAUUUGAUAGAAACCAAAGGCUGGCCUGCAAAUUAUUCUGCUUAUAUUGUCUCCAAGGCAGCUCUGAAUGCAUACACAAGGGUUUUGGCUAAGAAGAACCCCAAAAUUGCCAUUAACGCAGUUUGUCCCGGCUUUGUCAAGACGGAUUUGAAUCACAACACCGGCGUCUUGACUGUUGAAGAAGGAGCUAAAGGUCCUGUCAUGCUGGCUUUGAUGCCUGAAGGUGGACCUUCCGGCCUAUUCUUUGCUAAGACGGAAGUGUCAACCUUUUAA